AUGAUGCGACCGCGCGAUCCGCGGAUCCGCCAGCGGAUCAACCAGAUCUCUCAUAACCUCGAGUCCGCAAAUGAAUCCGCCCAAGAAGGGCUGUACACCUUUGCUCAAAAUUACCUCUCCCCUUGCCUAGACUCAGUUGGCAGCUGUAUCCAGGUCUGUACUGCACCUUGUCUCCCGACCCGCGAGGACCAUUUGAGACGCCGACGCCGCGGCCGUGCCGAAGACAACUUCGACUUCUACGAUGAUUGGGAAAACGAGGAGGCCGACGAAACCCUGCUGGGGUGGGGCACUGGAGAGCUUGAUCGACUCCUCGCUGGUAGCGGGCUGACUCGCGGGGGUAUGGAACAGCCGCGCCGGCCAAGGAGGAUGAGUUACGGGACCCGUCACACAAGACAGAGGAGUUUACACAUUCCAGACAACCGCUCUGAUCCUACGGUCAUACCGAGCUCUUCAUUUCUUGGUUUCUUGGAGCGCUUUCCUUGGAGGUUUGGUGCAAAAGGGGUCAAGUACCGGCCGUCGGUAGCAGACCUGCAGGAACACCCGGGCGGCUCCCACCGCCAUACCCAGGAUGAUGAGCCGUUGAUGGAAGCUACAGAAGACGAAACUGGUCUGAUAGCUUACAGUCCGAAUGGACGAAAUCGAAGUGCAACGCAGUCGUCUCGCGGAACGUUCAAUUCAUUAAGCUCCCGCGGCGAUUUACUACCGAGUGAUGACGAGGAAGAUGCGGUUCCGCUGGACGACGAAUUCGCGCUUGUGUUUGGACGUCGAGGGACGGGGCUAGAGUCUGAUGAUCAGUCCGGCACGAAGGUGGAGAUGGUGAGGUCUGCCUCGGGUACCUCCAGCUUAGGAGGUGCAUCGUCCAAGAAGUCACAGCGGAAGAAAAAGAAGAAGCGAUCCUCGACAAAAUCGUCGAUGAGUCCAGCUGAAGAUAUUGUGCACAGCUUCGACAAGCCAUCAAUAGCGGAUUUGAAGAUCGAAGAGGAGCGGGCUGCUCGGGAAGAAGAUGCUGUGAUUGAGCGGAAACGCCUUGCUGCACAUGAGCUGGCUUUGAAGCGAGGACUUGAUCAAGCCAAAGCAGAUAUGGCCGCCGCGCCUCCGCAUCAGAAAGACGAAACCGCCGAGUUCGCUGUCAACCCCACAUUUUCACCAACAAACGAAAUUCAAACACCAGGCCAUGCCAGAAAUUCGAGUGGCUCAUCAGUCCAUCAACAUUCAGUCGACCAUACCGAGCCCUUCCCUCCAUUCCCAGUAUCCGCAUCCUCGCUCACGCAAGGCUCCCCCGGGUCUGCCGGCGCUUCCCCUAGAUCUGGCUUUGCGAAUGUGAAUACAACUGAGGAGCAUGGGAACCGGGAUGUCGAUGAACGGUAUUGA